CCUCCAUAUGUGUACUCUUUCUCUUGCCAACUCCCCUCUUCUGACUUGUUCGCUUUCUCUCUCUCUUUUCCCCUCUGUCUGCGGCAACUUUCUUUCAAAGCCAAAGUCCUCUUCCUGAUUUUGUUUCCCCACAAUCUCCGCAAGCCCCCCUUUAGAUUUCUUCUCUUUCCAUUUCCAUGAACAAUCAUUACAUUCCCCUUUCACACAUUUUCAAUACUUGCCCCUUCUAACCAAAUCUUGAAUCUUCCUUUAUUUUUUCCUUCAAAAUGUCAUAAAAUUUUCAAUCUUUUUCAGCAGUGUCAGACCCUUUUCAUUAAAGAAAAUGGAACAUAAGCAUAUGCUCAUACUUAUUACACUAUCAAGCUCAUUAACUGCAAUAACAGUUUUCUUGGUAGUGAUCUAUUUAUGUACGAAAAAAAGAAGGGAAACUGUUUCUAGAGAUGUAGAAGCUAGUUUUGAGGUUAAAGAAAGAGAUGGGGUUGAAAAAGAUUUGUUAAUAAAGUUUCAAGAUGGUGAAGAUCUUACUGUGUAUGACAUCUUGGAUGCUCCUGGAGAAGUUAUAGGGAAAUCAAGUUAUGGGACUUUAUACAGGGCUACUUUGUUGAGUAUUGAUAGGCUUACAUUGUUGAGAUUCUUGAGACCAGCUUGUACUGUGACAAUGAAAGAAGUGGUGCCUGUUAUGGAGCUUUUGGGGUCUUUAAGGCAUCCUAAUUUGGUGCCUUUGUGUGCAUUUUAUGCAGGGCCAAGAGGAGAGAAAUUGAUGGUACAUCCUUUUUAUCGACAUGGCACUUUAGCUCAAUUGAUUAGAGAUGGGAACGGUGAGGCUCACAAAUGGCACGUCAUAUGUAGGAUCUCCAUUGGCAUUGCUCAAGGACUAGAUUAUCUUCACUCAGACUUGGAAAUUCCCAUUAUCCAUGGAAAUCUCAAGUCGAAUAAUAUACUUUUGGAUCGACACUUCAGACCGUAUGUGUCGGAUUUUGGGUUGCAUCUUCUCUUGAAUCCAACUGCAGGCCAAGAAAUGCUUGAAACUUCAGCAGCUCAGGGGUACAAAGCCCCUGAAUUAAUCAAGAUGAAAGAAGUUAGCGAAGAAACUGACAUUUACAGCCUUGGGAUUAUCUUGUUAGAGUUAUUAACAGGGAAAGAACCACUCUACAAGAAACCAAAUGUUGAUAAGGAUAUUUAUUUGCCUAAUGCCAUUCAAAGUGCAAUUCUUGAUCAUAGAGUUGCGGAUUUUUAUCAUCCGCAGAUUCUGGUUAGCCAAACUGAUGGCCAAAGGGCAGUUAAUGAAGAUCAUGUUUAUGAAUUCCUUCAGCUUGCAGUGGCUUGUUGUUCUCCCUCACCUGCUCUUAGGCCUACUAUAAAGCAGGUCCUCGACAAGCUUGAAGAGAUUGGGAAGUAAAAUGAACAGUCUUUCUGCGUCUGCUUGAAGCAUGACUUGUUCUCUGACUGACUUGAUCCACUCAAUCGAUAUCGACAUACUUUACGGUCAUUAUGAGCAUGCUGCUGAUGCUGAUAUAACCACACUGACUUCUUGUGAGGAAACUGCUUUUGGGGACAUUUCUUAUUUCCUUAUGUGCUAUCACUGCAAGAGAAUGUUGGGAAGCUUAUAUCAUUUGGCAACAACUAUGAAGUUGGUGUUCAGUUUUUUUGGCAAAGCAGAAGUUUUCACCUCAAGAAUCAGAAGCAAGUUUCUGGAUCUUGAAGAUUAGCUUCCAAUAUCAUUCUCAAGCUUCGAAUUGUUUUAUUUUGCAGACUCACACUACUGACACUAGUCGCGUGGGUCUCACAAAAAAAUGGACCCAAAGUGUAAGAUUUGGGUCCACUUUUUCGUGACACCAAAGAAGCCUCACGCCACUAGGGGUUGAUGGAGUAGGAAGUACACAUUGCGAUAUGACCAAGAUAUUUGUAACAUAUAGUCGAAAGUUUAGAGUGACAUUUAAUUAGUUUAUCCAACCAGUGUGAUUAGUCUCAAUUUCAGAGAAAAUCUGGUGACAGUUGGAAGUUCCAAAGGAUCCUUAAGAUAUAAUCACACAUCAACCGAGAGUACAUAUACCAGACAAAUAUUGUGAGCUGUUUUGUCUUUUUGGGGUUAAAAGCUUAAAUAUCACUUAGAGAAGACACUGUUUGAGCAAUAAGACAAAGAAGAGCCAGUUGCCUAUCAUUGAAAUUACUGAUCUGCCAGUUUUGUCA